CUAUACUGUUAUUUUAGGCCCCUGGUUAGUGCCGACCCCGGCCACCAGGGGGUUACAAAUCCUUGUACGUGUCUGGUCGGGUCAGCUGAUUGCGGGGGGGGAGUUUCUCUGCCCUCUACUCCCGGCUUGUGGCAGGUAGUUUAGCUAUACCUGAAGUAAUAUGCCUCCUAAACCAAAACAGAUAACUCUGAAAGGCCGAGGUUUUGCUGCAGGGGAGAUGUUAUCCCUGCCGAUCCUGAAGUCCGUCACCACCGAUGGCCCAGGACCGGGUUCCGCCAAUGUUCUAAGGUCCAUGGGCUGGAAUGGAAAGAUUGUAGGCUCUGUAGUCCUCUGGCUAUCAAAUGACAACACUUCCGUUUCUAGAGGUCAAUUCUCCCUACUUGGCGAAUUCCUCCCUGAACCACUGAUUAUUCCUGCCAAAAAACUCUGGCCAAACAUCAGUGAUACCAUAUCCUUGUCAAUUAACCUGUCUUCUCCGGACCUGUUCUUAUUCCCGGAUUCCCUGACCUCGGAGUAUGUCGACGAAUCCGAUAUCAACCACCUUUUCUUUCGGAACAACAUAGCCUCCAACUCAGCCCUCACGGAUGAAGAGCUGAUUACUGCUGAGGUUGGCUCCUUUUGCCUGAGGAUGUUUAUUUACCCCUCCAGCAGCACGUUUGUCUCCUUCUCCCUAUUAAUCUACCCCGACUCGGUUGCAGGGUUAAAAGAUCAUGCCCUAGCCUCAAACCCUAAAUGGCCUGGCCUCCUUCUAUCUGACGGGAAAAUCCCGCUGCUCCCGGCCUCCACCAGCCUAAAGCUAAAAUGGGGGUCCCCAGUCUUACCCUUGAUCAUCCCUGGAGCCUCUUGGGAUCUCAUCCCAAGUUUUCCCCCUACUGCGGAUUUUCUGUUCAAACUCUUUUCUAUCCUAAGAAAUACAGCUCUACCGGAGACUAAGAGACUAGGAGACUCCCUUCUAGCUAGAUGGGAGGCCCUGGACAGGGAAGGAGCAGGAGCCCUUGACUCCUCUGUCCCAGCGGUAGUCUGGCCGGAACCUCCAACUCCUACAACUGCUACGGAUCCAAGGGAAGGUGAUGACCCUGAGGAAGGAGAGUAUGGUGAGAUCAGGGAGAUCGACGAUACCAUUUCCCUGAUAGAUGGGAAUGUAGAGGAACUGGCCAGGGAAGCGAGAAGAGAGCUGGGAAUUAGACCUCCCUCAACACUCCCUAGGGAUGGCCCAGGCCCGGGAUCAUCUGUCCUCCCAGAGUGCCGUUCUACAGCUCAAAAACCAGCCCGGAAACGAUCGGGAGGAAAAUCAGGGGAAAAGGAGAAAGCUGGCAAGAAGAGACCCAAGUCUGUAGCCGUAGAGGUUGAAGACUCGUCGGAUGAAGAAGGAAACGAGGUAGAGACUACUCAGUGGAAGUUUCUGGAACAAGUUUGGCCGAGGGAUUCUAGACCGGACCUGUUGCUGGAUCGUGCUGAAGUAAGCAAAAUGACGAUUCAAGACAUAAACCUGAUGCAUGACAUGUAUGUCAAGCAGCUCCGCGCAGAAAAUUCUAAGCUAUCACACUUGAAAAAGGAUGAGCUACCCCCUAAGAAAAAGUAUGGAGAAGGUAAGGAUGAUGGCCAAGAACGACUUCAUCCUGCUCGUUGGCUCAGGUUACCGUUUGUAGAUCCAAAAAGGUACUAUGAGCAGGUCCCUAUAAAACAUGAACAUAAAUACCGGAACCUGGCCUUGGAAUUCGGUGGCUGCAACAGCAACAUAGCCGACAGGACGAUCAUCCUCAUGCAUGACAGGAGGAAUGCGGUGGAAAUCAAGCACUUCAUGUCUGAAAAUAGUUCUGUAGCCAGUCGGCCGAUGAAGGAGAUUCGAAGAAAGGAGGACGAGGAACUGGUCACGUUGUCAGACUACAACUGGGCGGAACCUCAAUCGGUUAGACAGGUGCAAGAAGCAAUAGAGAACUACAGGUCUUUGCUUCAACUACUCUGGCCUAUGGACCAGACUGGGAACGUUAUGGGCCGGUUGCUGCUUAGAUACUGGUUUAUUUCGGCAGCCCAGGAUCCGAAGGUGAAGAUUGCAGUGAUUUGUGCGUUCUUUAACUCUGUGCAGAGAUUGAAUAGCAAACGUGCAGCGAACAAAACCGCGGUGCUCAGCUACGAGGAGCAGGAGAAGCUCUUAAAGGAAACCCUCUCUGCACAUGGUCUACGUUCGGAGGUACCUUAUGAAGGAGCAGCUAAGAACUUUGAUCGGCCUUUCAACUCAGCCUCUAAUUUUUCAUCUUCAGCCUCUCAGCCUCAACGCCACCAAAAACCUCUGAGCAGGGGACGACAAGGGUUGGUGAACGGCGUCAGGACCUGCUAUGAUUAUAAUAACAGUAAAUGCACCAGGAAGACAAACGCAAGUGGCUGUGAAAACCCCAAGGGGGAAAAAUUCGCUCACAACUGCAACAUUUACCUCAAGGAUAAGAACGCUUUUUGUCAUGGGAGACAUAGUAGGACUGAUCACAAGUAGUUGAGGGAGCUUGAAAUGUAAUGGCUAUGGCCGGAGCUGCGGGAGAUAUAUUUUACAGAAUUUUAUAAAUGGGAAGUAAUAAAUAUGUAUCUUAAUGAAUAAAUGUAUAUUUUAAAAUU